AUGGCUAGUGCCCCCCGCCUUGGUCGCAAGGGAGGGAAAAUUACUGCCUCACCCAUUAUCCCUACGCAUGCGCUUACGCCUGGAAGUUCCACGUCGCCAGUUUCGCUUCACACACCCGGUGAGGGUACCACGAUUAUUGGCGACCCCAACGCUGCUCAUCCUUUCGGCUCCGAUAUGCUCACUGUUACGAAGAAACAAACCUCCGCGGAGGCUAAUGUUCUUCAAUUUGACGUGGGUGCAAUCCAAUUACUGGGAAAGGGUGUUGUUGUUGGAAGGGCAAAACAGGCUCGGACACGGACGUACCAACCGCAAUCCGAUGCUACGGAGGUAAGACAGCGGUUGCAUGGAGUUUUCUCAACGCGGCGAAGCAAGGUUCCGCAUCGCGCCGCGUCUGCAGGAUUGGACGCACUUCAAGAGAGCGAAGUCGUUGCCACGCGAAAGUCGCAAGAUACGUUAUCACUUGUGGCUGCUUUGCUGUCUGCUGAUCGAAUGGCGAACAUUCUCGUUGUUGUCUCCAAAUACUACGAGCUGAGUCACGUCAGGUCGAGUGUUGAGGCCAUUUUACGAGAAGAGGGAGAAGAUACUCAAAGUGUUGGUGUACUUUUUGGGCAAACUUUCGAGGGUAGCAAAUCUACUCGCGCGUGGGUGAUGACCGCGGAUAUGGCCCUCCUCUACAUGACACAAUUGGGGAGUCCCGCUCCCUUUACGCAUGUAGUUGUUCCUUGUUGCGUCGACACAACCUCGUCACUAUCAUGCUUUCUCAAGAUGCUUGGUGGGUGGAUGAUGAGUAACACACCUCGCUCCCAGUCCGUGCGGCUUGUUGUCACAACGGACUGCAGCAGCGAUGGUCAUGUUGCUAGGACAAUUGGUGUACCGAGAGUCAAGAUUCUGGAUGACAAAGUAAUCCGCCUGCACGAAUUCUCGUACAAUGAGGUGUGCGCUCUACUUGGAAAGCAAACCAUGGAAAUGGAUAAGGAUGCCGCGGGGAAAUUCCCCAGCCCGCCGAAGCGACUUGUUGACUACACCGCGGAUGUUGCCGCUGAGCUUGUGCGUUAUGUUGUUACUCACACCCCUACGGCACAGAUCUUUUCUAUAUUUACCGCGGAUGUUCGUGAAGUACUUACCGCCCUGCAGGGGGCCAAAAUUGAGGAUUGCACCGUGUACUCUACGCUGAAAAGCGCUGCUGACAAGGUUGAAACGAAACAUCGUGUGCACGUCAUAAAUCAUGUGAGUCAUGCCUUGGAUACCGAAAAUGAAUUCACAAUGGUGCUAGACAUGGGGACCAUACGGCGUUCAUCUGUACAACACAAGUCGGAGAGUUUCAUAGCGGCCAGCACUACAGAAUGGGAAUCCAAAGCUGAGCAGGCCGAACGCAAGUCUAUUCUUGGCGAAAACACCACUUGUUGCUACUUUGCCCUCUUUCAGGAUGAUGUCGGUGCCUCUUUCCAAGACGAAGCCCAGUUCCUUCCGGACAUAUUCAAUGUGGAGAACGCCUUCGUGCAAUGCGCACGACUGAACCUUUCGGUAUGUGAGGUGGGUCGCUUGUUACCCUCCGUUCCACGUGAUGUUGUUGAUCAAGUGAUGCAGAAGGUCGCAGAAAAAUGUAUGAUUUCGACUCCGGACAGUCUUGACAUCACGUUUCUUGGUGAAAUAAAGUCACGACUGCCGGUUGAGAUAGACGUUGCGUAUUUGAUAAUGGGUGGUUGCAGCCUGGGGCUCGGAGAGGCAACACUUGUGGUUAGUGCAGUGAUUGCGCUGCCCUUCCGAUCUACUGCACCUCCUACCUACACCGUGAACCGUUGGACUGAGGCUACUCAGGAAAGUCGGAAGAGAUGUGCUGGCGAUAUUGCAUUAUCUAGUGACCUUCUCGCUGAUGCGUUCGUGUUUUUGGAGUGGCUUAGGCUCCGUACUACCGGUGCAGCGACAGCUACCUUCCUUGAGGCGUUUCUUGUGCAGGAAUUCAAGUUUGAAAAAAUAGAAGGAUUGAUGAACCACAUGAGAGAUCAGUUGAUGAACUACGCGUUUUUGGAUCGCCUGGAUGACGUGGACACCGUAAAUAAGGUUGCAGAAUCCUUGAGGGAGAAUGCAUCGACGAUGCUCAUGUUGUUGUCUAUGGCUCUCUCUCGUCGUGCGGCGUUUAUUCGUGAUGCGGGCCACAUAAACGAGAAGGAUCGUCACGCCUCCAUGGUAUUUGUGCGUACUUCUAAGCAGCUAGUGGUUCAUCCAUUUAUCCCUUCAGGUGCCAGAUGGGAGACAGGCGGAAUCGUGAUCCCUGUGAUUCUGAAGAACAGUACCACAAUUCUGGGGGGAAUGUUUUCCCUUGUGGACACUUCACUUUUCUUUGCAUCUCUGCUACUACUUUACCCACAAAUUGAAUAUUCCAGGCCGGUGACAACCGAAAGGGGCCGCGUAGUGUACUUCGGCGUUGCGUGCAACUGGCAAAUGAAGCGUUUCGUUGUUUCUAUUGAUGAUGCAACACAAAUUCUUGAUUUCAGGGAGAACAUCAACACAGCAAUAGGGUGCAUGCGGGCGCUGCGUAUGCUCCCCCACCCCAUUUCAAAGACUAGGUUUGCCAUAGCGCUGAAGGAACACGACCGCUUCUUUGACAUGGAAAGACUUCACAGAGAAACACAGCGCCGACUCCACAGUCUCGCCGCUGCUCUGAACGUACAGGAACACCAAGGUAGUUUUGAAACGUUCGCAAAGCAUUACACCGCGCCGAAGGAAAUAAUUCCGUUCAAUGAUGUGGCGGCAACGGAUGUAUUGUUGCUUCGUCGCUUUGCCGACGGCACGCUAUGGGACGAACAGCGGCCUUCGCCGCAAAGCGCACCGGCAAUUGGGUCAAGUCCCCAAAAAUCAGCAGUAUUAACUCCCUUCGAUACCGCUAUCCCUGCACCGUACGACGAUGACGACGAUGACGUGCAAAUCAUCCAAAACUCCUACUUUAUGCUGCAUGGACCACUCAUUGAGGAUGAUGACGAUGAUUAA